AUGACACAAAAUCUAGACCUUUUAAAAAAAGCAACAAUUACAACUAAAAAGAAGAGAAGUUGGAAUGCAAGAGAAAAGUUAACAAUUAUUACAUUCUUUGAAAAAAAUCCACAAGUUUCUAAAUGUAAUGUAGCAACAAAAUUUAAUAUAGAACCUAAACAAUUGAGAGACUGGCUCAAAAAAAAAGAACAACUUUUAUUAGCAAAACCACAUAUUAAAAAACUUACUGUUGGUGCAAAACCUCAAUAUCCAAUACUUGAAGUAAAACUUUUCCAAUGGGUUAAAUUUCUGUGCUCAAACAAAAAUAAUCACCAUCAUACAAUGAUAGCACAAAGAUUACCAGAAGAUUUAGUAGAAAAGCAAUACAAAUUUUUGAAUUUCAUUCUUUAUCACCAUAUUCAACAUGAUUAUCCUUUAAAAUUAAUUGGAAAUAUAGAUGAGACUCCUUUAACUUUUGAUAUACCUAGCAAUAUUACUGUAGAAGAAACAGGUGCAAGGACAGUUAGUAUACGUACCACUGGACAUGAAAAAUCCAAUUUUACUGUGGUACUUUCUUGUAUGGAAAAUGGUAAUAAAUUGCUACCAUUAAUAAUUUUUAAACUUGUAAAUGUUCCACAACAAAUUUUUCCAUCUGGUGUUAUGAUUUGUACAAACCGUGGUUUAACAAGUAAAUUGCAACCACUUGAUGUAAGCAUCAAUAAAUCAUUUAAAAACAAGUACCGCCAAUGUUAUAAUAAUUGGAUAGCUGAAGAAAUAAAAAAAUUGACACCAACUGGACGUAUACAACUUUCUGCAUAUAAUUUAGUUGCGGAAUGGGUAAAAACUUCAUGGGAUAAUAUUGAUCCAAUGCUUAUUCAACGUUCAUUUAAAUGUUGUGGAAUAUCAAAUUCCCGUGAUGGCUCAGAAGAUAAAUAUAUUUUUGAUUAUGAUUGGAUGAAUGGAAAAAGAAAAAGUGGGAAUACUUUGCCACAGCGGGUACUUUGUGCGGCAGAUUACGGUACUUGA